UGUCUUCAUAGCUCAUUUGCUUUUACCUCCGAGUAAUAUUCUGUCGUUCGGAACAUAAACCGAACCAUGUGUUUCUCUGUUCACCUUUUGAAGGACUCGGUUUUUCACAGCGUGCUUCGAGCAGCAUUUCCCCGCUUCAGGUGGGACGGAGAAGCCCCCUACCCCACCAUCCCCUCGUGCGUGCUGCGUGUUACUUGUCAUGCGCGUCGCGAGUCCCGCCAGACGGUGCGGAGUGUUUGCUUUCGAGCUGUCGUGUAAAGAACGUAGUGUAGUGUGUAUUUCCCCAGAUAGUCACCGUUUCCGUUGGUCUUUUCUCAUUCUCGAAGUUACGGGAUUUCUCUGUAGAAUUUCCCUUCUGUCUGCAGAACGGCUCCUUUGGAGCAGGUCUCCUCGUGACCAAUUCUCUUACGUUUCCUUCAGCUGAAAACGUCUCUGUUUUGCCUUUAUUUCUGGAGGAUCCUUUCACUCUGGCAGAACCCUGGCGGACAGCUCUCUGCCAGCACGGUGUACGCGCCCCUGCCCGCUGGCCCGUGGCUUUCCGGGAGCGCCCUGUGGCCCCUUGGGUCGCUCUCGACAGGUCGUGCGUCCUUUUUUGCCCGGCUGCUUUUCAAACGUUCUUACUUUGGUUUUCAGCAGUGUGACUGCCAUCUGGGCACGGAUUUCUUCGAGCUCAUCCUGUCGGACAUUUGCCGGGCUACUUGAACGCGCAUGUUUAACCUUUCACUCAACCGGGGAAGCGGUCGGGUGUUAUUUCUUCACACCAUCUCUCCAGCUUCACGCUGUUCUCUUCUUUCCUUCUGGGGCUUCCGUGCUGCAGAUGCCCAGCUGUCUUCUACGCUUCCACGUUCCCUGGGCUCUGCUCCUUCUGUUUUUCCACCUUGUUCCUGUGGGCCAGCUUGGGUAGUUUCUGUUGGGCUCUGUUCAUUUCAUUGUUCUGCCUCCGUCUUCUCCUGUCUCUAUUCUGAUAGUGGGUCCAUCCAGCGAGUUUUGUAUUUCUGUUGUUAUUAUGUUUCUAAUUCUCAGAUCUCCAUUUGGCUGUAACUCCUGUUCCUGUGCUGAGACUUCCUAUCUUUCUGUUUGUUUCCAGAAUAUCUGGCUUCAUUCCUGAAGCCUGGUGCACCAGCUGCUUUAAAGGCUCUGACGAUUCAUUUCAGACUGGGCUUUUUUGGAUUAUUUUUUUCUCUGGAGAAUUGGCCAGACUUUCCUGUUUCUUUCUUUUUUUUUUUUUUCAUUUUUUUAUAUUUUACGUUUAUUUAUUUUUGAGAGACAGAGAGAGACAGAACACGAGCGAGCAGGGGGCAGAGAGAGAGGGAGACACAGAAUCUGAAGCAGGCUCCAGGCUCCGAGCCGUCAGCACAGAGCCCGACGUGGGGCUAGAAGUCACGAACUGCGAGACCAUGACCUGAGCUGAAGUCUGAUGCUUAACUGACUGAGCCAGCCAGGCGCCCCUCCUGCUUCUUUUUAUGUCAGAAAAUUUUGGAUUGUAUCCUGGAUGCUCUGAGUCUUGUGUUGUGAGGCUCUGGGUCUUGUUUAACUCAGAGAGAAUGUUACAUUUCUGUAGCAGCAGGAAAGCGACCUGGUCAGGCUCAGGCUGCAGGUUGUGAGCUCCUUCUGUGGGCAGCGUCCUCACAUCAGCUCUGUCUUCAGAGCCUGUGCUGUGCUCUUUGGAGCUGACGUGUAAGUCAGUUCUCGAAACCCUGGGUGUGCCACUUCGGGUCAGGCCCCCUCGCAGACAGGCACCCUUUCCACACCUCCCUACUCUGCACAGCCUCCCCGACACUCUGACCCCAGGGUCCCCUUCCUCCGACCAGAGACCUGUGGCUCUCGUGUGUCCUCAGUGCUGUGAAACCUCAGCACAGGGUCUGCCUUGGGCAAGCGUCAGCAUGGGGGCAGGAGAGAAGUGGGGUCCCCCAGCCCUUGGACCAGUGUGCCUCUAGGCCCUCAGCGCUUUAGGAGCUGCUGGGCUACUCGCAUCACAGUUUUAGCAGGGACUGGGGCUGGCCUGAAGGCAGAGCCUGUAGCAGCAAAAGUAAUAAUAAGAGCAAGGCCCUUCUCCCUUUUCUGUCUUGUGUGGGUUUCCCUUCCAUUUCUGCAGACUGGAGACUGGACUUGUCCCCAGAUACUUACUGUGCGCAGUUCUGGAAUGCAGGCUGCCUCUGGACUGGGGCCGGGGGGACUCCCGUCCACAGGAGUCCACUUGGGUCCUGGUCUCCUGCCCUGGCCCCUGCUGUGUGACCGUGGGGUUUUUGGGCCAGCGCGUGCCGGCUCCCUGCAUCCUGCUCAGGGAUUGUGGCCGUGCUGUUCCUCUGCCCUGGAGGAGCCCUCUUGUUGUCACUUCUGUCCCAAACUAGCGGGCCCGGACCGAAGGGGGGCUCUUGGAGGUGCUGUGAGCUCCGCUGUGCAGACACAGAGACCACCUGAGACGCCGUGCCCUGCCUUGUGGUUUCCUCUAGGGCUUGGGACCCUGGCGAAGGACCGUGUCGGUCCCGGCGUCGUCUCCUGCUGAGCCAUGGCAACCCCGGAUGUGAGCGUCCACAUGGAGGAGGUGGUGGUGGUGACGACGCCGGACACCGCGGUGGAUGGCAGCGGCGUGGAGGAGGUGAAGACUGUGCUGGUGACGACCAACCUGGCUCCUCACGGGGGCGACCUGGCGGAAGACAGUAUGGAGACGGAAAAUGCAGCGGCGGCUGCCGCGGCCGCGUUCACAGCAUCCUCGCAGCUCAAGGAGGCCGUGUUAGUGAAGGUGGCUGAAGAGGAGGAGGGCCUGGAGGCUGAAAUCGUGUACCCCAUUACCUGCGGGGACAGCAGGGCCAACCUGAUCUGGAGGAAGUUUGUGUGUCCGGGCAUCAAUGUGAAGUGUGUUCAGUAUGACGAGCACGUGAUCAGCCCAAAGGAGUUUGUGCACCUGGCUGGCAAGUCCACACUGAAGGACUGGAAGAGGGCCAUCCGGAUGAACGGCAUCAUGCUCAGGAAGAUCAUGGACUCCGGGGAGCUGGACUUCUAUCAGCACGACAAGGUCUGCUCCAACACCUGCCGCAGCACCAAGAUCGACCUCUCGGGCGCCCGCGUGUCACUGAGCAGCCCCACCUCCGCCGAGUACAUUCCACUCACACCCGCCACGGCCGAUGUGAACGGGUCUCCCGCUACCAUCACCAUAGAGACCUGUGAGGACCCCGGUGACUGGACCACGGCCAUCGCAGAUGACACAUUUUCCUUCUGGCGAGGGCUCAAGGAUGCUGGUCUGCUGGAUGAGGUCAUCCAUGAGUUCCACCAGGAGCUGAUGGAGACCAUGAAGGGCCUGCAGCAGCGGGUCCAGGACCCUCCCCUGCAGCUCCGAGAUGCCGUCCUCCUCAACAACAUCGUGCAGAACUUUGGCAUGCUGGACCUGGUGAAGAAGGUGCUGGCCAGCCACAAGUGCCAGAUGGACCGCUCCCGGGAGCAGUACGCCCGGGACCUGGCAGCCCUGGAACAGCAGUGUGAUGAGCACCGACGUCGAGCCAAGGAACUCAAGCACAAAUCUCAGCACCUCAGCAACGUGCUUAUGACACUCACGCCCGUCUCCCUGCCGCCCCCCGCGAAGCGGCCGCGGCUCGCGAGGGCCACGUCCGGGCCGGCCGCCAUCGCCUCGCAGGUGCUCACCCAGUCUGCCCAGAUCGCCCUCAGCCCCGGCGUGCCAGUCUCCCAGCUGACCGGCGUGCCGCUCGGCAAAGUAGUGUCCGCCCUGCCGUCCCCUGCGCUGGGCAAGGGGCCCACGCAGGCUGCUCCCGCCGGCUCGCCAGCCUCGCCGCUGCUCGGGGGCUACACGGUGCUGGCCUCGUCGGGUGCCACCUUCCCCAGCACGGUGGAGAUCCACCCGGACGCGUCCAGCCUCACGGUCCUGAGCACGGCCGCCAUGCAGGACGGCAGCACUGUGGUCAAGGUGGUGAGCCCCCUACAGCUGCUCACCCUGCCUGGCCUGGGCCCCACCCUGCAGAACGUGGCCCAGGUGUCGCCCGGGGGCAGCACCAUCGUGACAGUGCCCACAGGGGCCGUCGAGAGCGCCGUGGCCGCCUCAGGCCCCGAGGAGCACACUGCCACCAUCGAGGUGGCCGCCAUGGCGGAAGGCCGUGAGCACAAGUAGACGUGGGUGGAGGACGAGGCCCGCCGUGGGCACAGGGCCAGCCGCCUCUCCUCAGGCUGCGGCCGGGCGGGAGCACGGUGCCGGCGCCCUGCGGGCCACGUCGGGCUGAACCAAAGAGAGGAAACACCAAAACAGACGGCGAGAAAAAGGGAUCGAACACAACAGACCUGUGCGGUCAGCCCUCCGCUCGGAGCCUCCUCCCCCUUCUUUCUUGGGAAAUACAUUUUUCCAUCUGUUGCUUGUUGAUACUGUUGACACGUCAGGCCUGAUGAGGAGCCGGUCAGAGAGGAUGAGGAGGCAGAGCCGGGGAGUGGGGUGCGGACUCUGUGGGUGCGAGGGGCCCCUGGGUGGGCCGGAGCCGGCUGGGGGAGGGGGUGUCGCUAACACAUGUCUUGGGAACCGUCCCCAAGUGUGGAAACCCAUGGAUCCUAUGGAUUUGGUUUCUUCCCACAGUUUUCUGUAGGUUUAGUGUGGCCUGGCACCCUGUCCCCCUGUCUCCGGGACGGCGUGGGUGCUGCUGCGGGUCUGCGCGUGGCCCCGGUCUCGGGGUGGGGGGUGGGGGGGCUGGGACUGGAGUGUGGACCCAGGGCCCUGACAGCUUGAGUUUGCCAUCUGCCUUGGGGUGAGAACGGGGCAGUACCCCCACCUCCCUCUGCCCGGCAGGUGCUCAGCACCAGGGGCCGUUGCACACGCACUGUGGGUGUUUUUAAGUGAAUUGUUUAGUAGGCUUCUUGCAAGAGUCAAAUUUAUAGCAUUUUCAAACUAAACAAUGCUGAGUGCCUAGGCUUCCCGAGUUCGCUCUGGGUUCCAGAGUGUUUUGUACAGGACCAUAGGGAUGGCCCGCGGGCGACUGUGCUCGUGGUUCCUGCUGUGAGCUGUCAGCACCAGCAGGCCCACCCCAGGGGAGUGUGACGGUGGCUGUGCCCCUGGGGCUUUGGUCCCUGGGGGAGGGGGUGGGGGGGUGGUAGGCUGCAAACAGAAUAAGUCAGGGGCGGAGGAAGAUUUGUGGGGGCUUAGUAUCGACCCCUGUGCUCAGUCCGCUGGUGGGGCCACCGUGACAGCUUGGCCCCUGGGCUCCCUGGGACUCCCUGGCCCCCUGCUGGCUGACACUGGUGCCUGAGGGCACUUGGGAGGCCCAGACUGCCCACAGGCACGGCCACGGCCACCAUGGGCUGUCAGCAGGUCUGUUUGAGACCCAGGAGGAGGACCAGGCAGGGGUCCCCUGGAGGCCUGGCGCCCUCUCCAUCAGGGCCCCACGGCAGGCCCGAGCCUUCAAGUGGCAGGUUCCCGUGCCCCCCCUGCCCCCCAGCCCUCCAGAUCUUUUGCCUGCUGAAGACCCUUCCUUCUCUAGGGGAAGGCAGGGGGGAACUCCAGAGACAAGCCACUGCCCCACUUUGUGCUUUGAAGGGAACUGGGUUGUUUGUCCGUCCUUCCAUCUGUCAGGUGCCCCAGUACUACCUGAGCGGGUCUUGGCCCCCGAGUCAAGCCACUGGGGUGGUCUUUUUCCGUUUUCUUUCUGUUGCGAACGAGUUUGUUGUUGUCAUGGGUCAGCUGGUGUCUACACUCCUCUCCACUGAGUCCUGACGCCUUCGGCAGUGUGACCCCGCGGGUGUGGGCACAGCCCAGCUAGUCCUGCCCGUCUGCACCAGCUCAGACCAUACAGGAAACUAUGUGGCUGAUAAGACCACGGUUUGCUUUCCGAGCCUUUGUCAAAGUCGGGCGCACCCGCCCCCUUUGAAGCUGCCACCCCUGCUCUCAGACCACAGGGCACUGGAGGGAAGUUCACACCAGAGCUUCAGAAAUGACCGCAGCCCCUCCCCCUGCCUGGCACCUGUGCCACCCCGGGAGGGUGCGAGCGCGCCUUCCAGUCCCCUGGGGCCAGAACCGCAGGCUGCUUCUGGGGGGCAGGGUCGGUGCCUGGGGCAGGGAAGCAUCCGGGUUCUACUUUGUACGUUGUUUUGCAAGUAUCUGCUUGGUACUUUGAUUUAAAGUAAAAACAUUUUUCGUAA